AUGGACGUAUUCCUCUGCCAUUUCUCGCUGGUCGAAUUCAGGGUCAAUGGCUGGUACGGCUUCGAAGAAAAGUACCACGCCCGCAAGCUCUUUUUACAGGAAAACGACCGCAAGCUCUUCACUGACCGCGAGCUCUUCUUCCUGACUUCGCCCGAGCCAUGGCCAUGCCCUGUGCUUUGGAGCGGGCCGCCGUCGAAGUACAAGUCCUACAGCAUGGUCCGUGAUGCAUUGCCCACAAGCCAGCAAAAGAAAACGAUGGCAAAGCUACUGGAAGCACACGGCACUGCGGUUGAUCUCCGGACUUACCUCUCUGAUACAAAACUCGCAGCGGCUUUCUCUCCCAACCUCGCCUCAUCACCUCCCGGGCUUGUCCUUGAUUCUACUGGCGCCAAAGGUAAACUUGCUUCUGACACUCCCGAUACCUGGUUCCUGUUCGAGCAUCGACUCUCGACUCUCGAGACGCGGUCGACGCCCUGUGCAGGAAGCACGGCCUGCCGACGGCCUACACCGCGCGCCCCGCUGGCGACCGGGCCGUCUUCACUCCGCCUCCUGAGCGGGCCGUGUGCCUGUACGCGCACGCGCUGGAGGCCGGGGUGCGCUUCCCACUGCACAGCUUCUUCUCCUCUCAAAAAAAAAAAAAAAAGCUUCUUCUCCCAGGCGCUCACCCACUUUCGCCUCGCGCCGGGCCAGCUCACGCCUAGCGGGUGGCGCGUCCUUGUGGGAUUCGUGGUGCUCUGCCACGACGCCGGCGUGCAGCCAUCGACGGACGUAUUCUGCUACUUUUUCUCGCUGUGCCCAUACACGUCCGGUUGGUACGGCUUCCGGGCAAAGCACGACGGCUGUGCGCUCUUCAAAGGGUGGUAUUUUUCGGGAUCCGAAGAGACGUGGAAGGACAGGUUCUUCUUCCUGACAUCGCCGGAGCCAUGGUCGUGUCCCGUGUUUUGGGGCGAGCGGCCGUCGAAGUACAAGCGCUCCUGGAUAGCCCGUGAUGAAGCUCCAGCGCUCACAACCCAGCAAAAGAAAACGGUGGCAAAGCUACUGGACGCACACGGCACAGCGGUUGAUCUCCAGACUUACCUCUCUGACACCAAACUUGCAGUGGUUUUCUCUUCCAACGUCGCCUCACCACCGCCCGGCGCCAAAGGCAUGGAUUCGUCCGCGGCCAAGGUGAAAACUGAGCCGGACGGCGAACCGACGGUGUCCCUGAAAAAGAGGAAGCACGAGGAGGCAACCAUUUCAAAAGACGGUGUCCCUGAGCACAGCACGCCCCAUGCUGCCCAUGGCUGCUCGGCCUCCGCGUCCGGCUUGCGUGCCCCGCCUGGUUUCGACCCAAAGGCACGGCACCUGCCCGUGCCCGACACACACGACGGCGACAGCGCCGACUGGGAGGCCGCGAAGAAGGUGCUAGAGUGCAUCACCACGCCGUCGCGGGAGCGUGGGUUCGCCGCUGCAAGUCCCUCCGACGUCGUCGCGUCGAGCUACUCCGCAAUGCUCCAGGCCGCGAACUACGCGUCCUUCUCCUUCGGCUAUGCGGUGGAGCUGGAGAAGAAGCUGGCGGCGCGGGACAAGGAGAAUUCUGCUCUGCGGGUGCAGCUGGAGAGCGCCAAGACCGAGCUGACCGCGGCGAAGCGCGCAGCGGAGGCGGACGGGAAGGCCAACAAGACGACGGCGGUGUAGAAGUGCGCCGCUCUCAGGAUAAGGCCGCGCCUCGACGCCGCGCGGCCCGACUCGUCGCCCCCCUUGAUUUAGCAUGUCUUUAGAAGUUCGACUCUCUGAACUAGUACUGCGCUAUUUUGGUUAUGUAAUGGGAAGGACAAGGUAACCCAAGUUAAAUCGAAGGACAAGGUAACACCAGUUA